AUGUAAAGCAGCGUCUAAGGAGCGUAAAACUUUGAUACCACUUCCAAGAACUCAAAUACUUAGUCUAGCAAGAAUGCUAAUUAUUUGCAGUAGCUAAGUCAGCCUAUUAAUCUUAACAACUCAAAUACUUUGAAAAAGAACCAAACUUAUCAAUAGAGCCCUGUGAAAUAAGCUGGGAAAUAAGUUAAUGGUAAAAGCGCUCAAAGUAGCAAUCAAAGCAAUGAUCUUUAGACUGUCAUGAGGCAGAUCAAAGAAUAUGAAUUCGAAAUAAUCAACUAUAAGGCUACCACAAAGUCUUAUGAAAAUGCAGAUCUCAUUAUUGAGAACUUAAAGAGAGAUAUUGAGCAGCUUAACAAAAGGAUAAUAAUAUCCGAGUAGGCAAGAGUUGAUCUACAAGAGUAACUGGCUUAAUCAGGUAAAUCUGAAAAUCUUAGCAAUGAAAGAGAGGUCAAGUACAACAGUUUACUCAUACAAGAGAACUAAGAGCUGAGAAAUAUUAUCAAUGCUAAGGAUGUCUAAUUGAGAGAGAAAGAUCAAGAAAUAGAUUACUUAAGAAGACUUUUAAGUGAGAAUGAACUUGAGAAGCAAGAAAUGAAGGUAGUAGUUGAGGAAACAUUGGCAAAGUACACGAUGGAGGAAAGCUCAGUCUUUGAAAGUGAGACAAAAAGAACUCUUCUCUAAAUAGAAUACGAGAGAAGUUUAGAUGAAUAUAAUGGGAAACUAAGAGAACAAUAUGACAUAAUUGAUAGUCUCAGAAAAGAAAUGGAUAAACUUUAUUAGAAGGCAAAAGAUCUAGAAAAUGAGAAUAAGCAAAAGGAUUUAAAAUACAAUCUGCUUGAAAGUGAUCUGAAAAAAGAACAGGAUAAAACUAAGAAAAUGAAUGAACUAGAAAAGAUACUUGCAGACAUUAAAUCAUAGAGAGAUAUGCUAUUAAAGUAAAUAGAGCAGCUCAAAAAAGAGAAAGAUGCCAUUAAUAAGAAAUUUGAAGAAAUGAGAGAGGAAUUGGAGAGAUUAACUAUCAAAAUUAGAGAAGAGUAUUUGAGAUAUAAAGAGACUCUAGAAGAUCUUAACAGAGCUUUGGCUGAGAAAGAUGAGUAACUUGCGAAAUAAGAUAAUCUCAUUAAGAAUCUGACUUAGAAAUAAUUAGAUUAAGAUAAACAGAUGUUGAAACUCUAAAGAUCUUAGGAUGCUUAUGAUGACCUUAAAAAGUAGAAUCAAGAUCUCCAAGAUCAAAUUAAUCAACUUAAAAACUACAAGGAGGAUCUUGAAUAGAAUAUGCUUAUGUCUAACAAGCUCUUAGAAGAUAAGACGUAUGGCUAGACAGAUCUUCUUUAGAGGAUAAGAGAACUCAUGAAUGAGUUAUAAGCAACAAAGGCAGAAAACGAUUCAAUGAAAAAGUAAUUGGCAAGUCUGAGAGCAAGUUAAGAGAUUUACAUUCCAGACAAGCAGGAUGCUACAGAUGUGGAGCUAGCUAAAUACAUCAAUGACUAUCCUGACAGGAACAAGCUUAGAAUUAUGUUUAUGAAGGAAAGCGAGGGAGUUUAUCAGUUCGGAUCAAGAAGAGUUUAUGUCAAAGUUGAAAGAGAUAAGAUCUAAGGAGGUGGUUUCUUGAGCAUUGAGGAGUUCAUAGAUAUUUACACUCCUAUGGAACUUGACAGAGUUGAUAGAAAUGAUCCAUUAAAGAGAUUCAGUGAGAAGGUGGCAGUUCAAAAGACUUUAGCACUUAAUUCCCCUACAAGAUCUCCAGAGAGAACUAAAAGUCAGGGGAGACAAUUAUAAACUCAAUUCGGAAAUGGAUAAGUAAACAUUAGUAAUUAAAAUAAUGGAGGAAGACCAAGACUUAUUUCUCCAAAGUGA